AUGGUUCGCGACAACCUUACCCUCUCCUCGUGGCUCCUCCUGGGCGGGCUCGUGCAAGGCUGUGCAUUUCUACUGCUGGGUUCCCUCUCCCUGCUUCCAACCGCGGCGAUCCUCCUCUACAGAACCAUGGACCAUCUGCUGAUGGCCUGCCACCUGACCCCCAACCGGUACCUGGCAGGAUCCAUCCCUAUCAAGCGCAGUGCUCAGUAUCCCCGGCCCGAUGGCACCUUUGGCAGUGAACCGGCGGGCGAGUCUAUCGUGGUCUUCCAUUUGGGUGCACGCUGCCACCAUCCUCUCGGGCUGCUCGCCCCAGGCAUGAAGGAGUUGGGCGACAGUGCCGAUAAGAUGCGACGGGACAUGCGCGCCAACCCUGUCAAGUACGGUCUAUUGGGCUCCUCGCACUGGCUGAAGAGCGACAGUGCAGCGGGUAAUGAGUCUAUGACCCUCUUCUACCUCCGCGACUACGCUGCUCUCCAUCAGUUCGCCCACGAUGAGAUCCACAUGGAAGGGGUGCGCUGGUGGGCUCGCAUCGCCAAGGAUCAUCCGCAUCUGGCCAUUUACCAUGAAACCUAUCUGGUGCCCCGCGGAAACUGGGAAAAUAUCUACAUUAAUGGGUGGCCGACGGGUCUGGCCGAUACCUGGUUUCCCGUGCAGACUCAGGCUGACAAGGAGAAGAAUACUGGAGUGGUUGAGCAAUGGGUGCGACCGUUGGUUGACGCGCGUGACGGUGUCUUACGGUCGGCCAGUAAGCGGCUGCAGUUGACACGCUUGGAGGGUCGUGAAAAGGAGCACGACGAUAUACAUUUUGGGUCCGACCACGAUCCGCUGGCCUAUCCUCUGCUAGCCACGUUAGUUUUUCUAGGCAUGACUCGACCUUUUGCAAACCCCCGAUUGAGCCUCCCCGUCGAUAGGAGCAUGGACAGUUCCAACACGCUGGUACCAUUCCGUUCGGAAUCUAUGCGCCGUCGAUCCGGUUGCAAGAGAUCGAGAACCGGAUGUCGCACUUGUCGGGCUCGCCGUGUGAAAUGUGAUGAAACCCCCGGCGCAUGUCAUAGAUGUACCUCCACCGGUCGCAGGCUGCCUCUGAUCAGCGCUGACUUGGGGAGUGGCUUUCGAUGGACCAUCACAUCCGAUGAACGCCGCUGUUUCUCUUACUUCCAAUACCAUACGGUGCCUACCUUCCGCGAGAUGUACGACUCCUCUCUCUGGCAGCACCUACCAGCCGUCUAUCAUGCGACCGUGGCCCUCAGCGCCAUUCACCAAGACGCAGAAGCCCGAGGGAUGCCCUUGGCUGCCAACCUGCCCGCGACGUAUGAAGGCCCCUGGCUGCGCUUUGCGCAAGAGCAGCUGGGCCGCGCCUUUCAGACCCUCACCAGGCGCCGGGCCUCGCCCGAUCCCCGAUUGCGCAACGUAACCCUGCUCUGCUGUUUGCUCUUCGGGCACUACGACGAUGCCUUCACCCAUCUUCAAAGUGGCCUGCGCAUCCUCCGCGAGCUUCAGGCGGAGCGAGAAUUGGUGGCGCCCACACCUCGGCAGGGGCGCGUUGAACGGUGUCUGGUUGCGGCCUUUGCGCAAAUCGACAUCAUCUCCGCUCACUAUGGAGUUGGGGGCCCUCUGUUAUGCAUCGAUUCCCUGCCCGGGGAGUGGCAGUUGGCACCGACUUCGUCGGCCCCCUUUUCCACCCUAGAGGAUGCCUGCGCUGCCUUCAACCUUGUCACGAGUGCGGCGUAUCGUUUGGAGAACUCAUGUAUGGGGAUGUCGGAGCAGGAAAUUGCGCGCAACUACGGCACCAUUCAGUCAAACCGGCUGCGGGCCCGCUCUCUCGCAUCACGUUUCUGGCAAUCGUUCGAGCCAUUUUACCGGACCUCGUACCAUCUUUUGGACCGCAAAGAGCAGAGGAGUGCCGAGCUUCUUCACCUCCAAUACCUCGGCAUUAUGGUGUCUCUGGAAGUAAACACACAGGCACACAACGAAGCCGUCAUGGCUUCCUUCACACCAGACCUGGAGGAGAUCGUUUCAUUUGCCGAGUCGAUUAUGGACCGGUUCCCUGAGCGUCCCACCGUCAGUAUCAACCUGGGCGUCGUUCAGCCUUUGUACCUUGGGGCCAUUGUCUCUCGCGAUUAUCGCAUCCGAUGGCGAGCCAUUAAGCUGCUGCGUGCGUGGCCGCAUCGAGAGGGACCAUUCGACUCGAAUUGGAUCCUCGCACUGGCUGAGGAGACGCUGCGUUUGGAAUUGCUGGCUGAUCCGGCAGUCAACGUGCCAGAAGAUGCAGAGUCGGGUUCGUCUCAAGAGGAUGAAUUCGCGCCCAGUCGCAUGCUGCAGGACUUGACUCAACGACAUUCGCUACUCAAGCAAAUGUUGGCCCCAACUGCAGAGGAUUUGGAUGAUGCAGCAUCCCCGGCAGACGUGCUAGGCUCGGUCAAAUGGGCGUCGGAAUGGUCAUGCAUGCGUGCGUUCAAGGCGAGGUUUUCAGAUUACGAAAAGCCUGUUCCGAUCUAG